AUGAUCUUGAUGGCGUCAAGUCAGUUCGGCACCACACCACCUAUUGCCGACACCAGCUAUCGGGCGUCAUAUUCUUCCAAGAAGAAUGGGCAGCGCACCUACUAUCUAGAUACAACAAGAAAUGAUCCAGAUUGUAUUCAAGUCAAUAUGCAUUAUUUCAUGACAAUACGACUGCUUGAAUUUUUUAACUAUGCACAAUCCCUAGCCCACGUAUCAGUAUAUAAUCUCGUAACUAUCUACAAUAGCAGUCACAAACUGCUGGAGGAUGCCCCAAAUCAUUUCAAAACUGAAAACUUCAGGCCAACACUUUCCGACCACUGUUGCACUACUGCGUUAGAUGUACAUCGCUUGCUCCGACAAUUCAACCUCCGGAACAUUCCAAUGAGUGUAUCAAACUCUGGAGGAUCUCGCCAUCGCUUUCGAAAAUCAAAGUUGACCGUUCUCACAUGGACCGAACUUGAGGGAAGUCCCUAUAUUGAUCACAUGUGCUCGGAAUGCACAGAAAUCCUGGAAGACCCUAAUGUUGAAGGAGGAGGUUUGGCUCUCCGAGCCAUAGCCAUGGAUGGAAUUACAAUUGGACAUCCUCGAUGCAGUGCUACCAAGGAACAGCUUGUAUCAUUAAAUCCGGAGAUCAUCAAUCCACCGCCGUGCACUGUAAUGCUUGAGACACCAAAGGAUAGAUAUUGUCCUGCUCAUGAUUUACUCCUUGGGAAACUCUGCCACGCACAGCCCUGUACCCUUGAUGCCAUUGGCAACUCCAAGGCAUGCAACCUACCCGAGCAUCAGGAAGCUAUUCAAAUUCGACAUGAAAAGAGAACUCGCUCUCAUGCUGCAUUGGCCUUUAACCAGAGAACAGGUGCAAAACUACCCGAGGAUCCAACAGCAGCGCUCAAUGCUGAUACCGAUGCUUUCAACAUUGACGCUUUGGUGGAGGGAGAUGAGUCAGAUCGCACCCAUGAAGCUGGGCGUGAUGGAGAAGAGGCCGUCUCUCCCCGUCAUCGAGAAGCCGAUUCGCUCCAACGCGAAGACACACAACGAUCUCCUGUUUGUUGCCACACGUGGUAG